AUGGAAAUCUCCGACAAUCGUCAGUAUCAAAUCGCUUUGGUGGCCCCUCUCAGACAAGAUUAUGAGACAGUUGUCAUCUUGUUACAGAAUAAACACUGUGAAUACGCACUCAAAAACUCUGGAGCGCUGUGUACUCUUGGCAAAAUUGGUCCUCAUCACUUCGUCUUGGCUGGUGGCUGCGGGCAUGAUUCUAACAUUGCGCUCUUUGUACACAACACAGUCAGUGAUCUCCUCACAGAAUUUCCCUCCAUACGGAUCGGCUUCUUGGUUGGAGUAGACGCGAUAGCACCCGCAGAUGGUAUUGCAAAGACGGGCGACAUUGUCGUUGGAACUCCCCAGGGUAUUGAACCCGGCCUAGUCCAAUUCGAUGCUAGCCAGACAAGCCUUCUCAAUCGCCUUUCUGUCACUCAUCAGAUGAGUCGUCCACCAUAUGCUAUCCAAUCCGUCAUCGAUAGCUUGAGGUCUGCGCCAGGUCGUCGGGAAUGCCAAAAAGAAUUAUUCAACAAAGCCAUGAUUACUUGCAGCACUGCAAACGAACAAGAGAACCUAGCCUGGAGCAAGUCUUUCAGGGUUCUACAUGGUAAAAUUGCAUCCUCACAAGAUCAUCUGUCCGAAGAUGAUCUCGUCAAGACAGGGCGCGACAGCAAAGUUCUCUGUUUCGAACGGGCAGCGGCGAAACUGAAGCCCCAGCUCCCUUUCCUGACCAUUUGCGGUGUAACAAGAACAACCAACACUUUCGAAAACACCACAAGAGAGCAAAGAUCAGGGAUGGCUGCAGUUAUUUACACCAUAUUGAUCGCCAGCAAGAUAAAUUCCAAUCUGCUUCAAAAGCAGCACCGCUUCACAGAUCUGUUCUCUUACGAGCCAUUUGGACUUGAACGACUAGGCUUCCGUCUAAUCCAACUUGAGCGAGGCGUCCAGUCUCCACUAAGAUGUAAUCUUUUCCAGGCUUACCUUGAUGAGGAGGAGAGUAUAAUUCCUUAUGAAGCACUUUCAUAUGUCUGGGGCACACAAAGUACGCCCAGCGAGAUUACGGUAGACGGUAAAGCAAUGUCCAUCACGACAAGCCUGCACGAUGCUUUGCAUCAUCUCAGACAACAAGACCAAGAUCGAAUACUCUGGGUUGAUGCUUUAUGCAUCGAUCAGAGUAACAUCAAGGAGCGCAGUCAUCAGGUUAACCACAUGGGUGAAAUCUACCGAAAAGCUGACAAUGUCAUCGUUUGGCUUGGCUAUCUUAGCGGUGAUGCUGCUUUGUUCAAGACGGUAGUUGAUCAGUUUGCGAAACAACUUCCUUCCGAGGCAUUCCGGAGAUGGCCUCGCGAUGAUUUACGGUGGAAAGAGACAUGGCAUCAAGUUGAAAGCAGUUUUGGCCUCACUGAUAACACAAGGCUCGUCAACGGAUUGAACACAUUUAUGGCAAACCCCUGGUUCAUGAGGGUCUGGGUCUUGCAGGAGGUUUCCAAUGCAAAGAGAGCCGCCAUCGAAAGCAAUCUGGGCAAGAUACAGGCAAAGCUAUUUGCCCUCUUACCUCAUAUCAUCGACUCACACGUCGGCGAGCAAUGUCGAGCUGUCUUAGAUAUCAUGCCUGGGCCCUCAAAAGACACGUCCUGGUGGGCUCAGGAUCGGAAUAUCUGCACGUUGUUGUGCAAGUUUAAAGGAAGCGAAGCUUCAGAUCCUCGUGAUAGGGUUUACGCAUUGAUGGGAAUGGCAUCAGAUAUGGACAGCAAUGCAAUUGAAGCUGACUACACAAAGGAAGAGGAGAUGGUUGUCCGGGACUUGUGUCAGUAUAUUUAUGGUGAUCGGAGUCCUACCCGUGGUUUCUCUCUAACCUCGAUACAAGAGUUCCAGUCCCAGCUUUCUUCUAUAUCGACACGGCUCCUCAUUAACAUGCUUGAAAAAAAGCCCACAGAACAAUCUUUGCUGCUUUUUCUAGGCCGACAGGGUAUGUUGAAAGAUGUCGGCGAUAUUGCGCUACAAAAACUACUGGAUCAUGGAAGCCAUCUCGUAAACAUAUACCUGAGCAAAUGCGAAACCGACUUCCUGAUUACUCUCCAGGUCGCCGAGAGAAGUCUUGUGAGCUAUCCUGAUCUUUUCAAUUAUUUUUUCGAGCGGCAACAGAUACCCCCGGCUAUGUUAAGGAGCAUUGCUUCCUGGAUGAUCGCCACGAACCAUCAUGACCUGGAAUCCUUUCUCGGACGGUUGAAAUUGGAAAUGGAUCCUGGGCCGGAGCUUAUCAUGAACUUGAUGACAUAUGGCCCAAGUGAGCCCGUAAAGCUCCUAGAAUUUAUUUUCGAGGCUUUUCAAAAACCCGUUGAAUUAGACGCGAUUACCUUUAUGCAAGCUAUUGAUGAGAAUGAGGCGGUACUCAAGCUUCUUCUCCAACACUCUCAGCAUCCGAUCAUGAUACCAGACAAGGUUUUGGUCAAGGCUAUCUCAGCUGGCAUUGAAAAACUACGGAUCAUUCUUGAGACACCCAAACGUACCAUUUGUAUAGAGGAGAAUGCUUUUGGGGCGGCAGUAUCACAGGGUUCGACAACACUUCAGUUUCUUUUCGAUCAAUGCGACGGCGGUGUAUUGAUUAGUGACCAGCUACUCCGAUCGGCAAUCCAGACGGGCCGAAAGACACUUGAAAGAGUCCUGAAAAUGUCCUCCGGAAUUCAAGUUGGAAUAGAUGGAAGUGUUUUCAUAGCAGCAGCCGCGCAAGGACCAAAAACAGCGCAGCUUCUCUUUAAUUAUUGUCACGACCCUAUUUAUACGACCAGAAAGGCCAUAUACACCGCUGCGUCAUACAACCCGCGCACUCUGGAGACUUUGCUAAAGGUGUGUCCUUCCAAAGUUGAGUUGGACAAGGAACUCUUUGUUCGCGCCGUGGCGAAAGAUCCAGCAACACUCCGGCUUCUUUUCCACCACUGUAUCAGGCCUAUCAACGUAACGAACAAGAUGCUUGAAUUGGCUAUCAGGGUAGGCAUACCGGUACUAGAGGUGAUCUUUGAGAAUUGGGCAUCCGAUAUCGAAAUUACAGAGCUUGUCACCAAGCAAGCAGCUAUCGCUGGCAUACAAGCCCUAACAUACUUGAUCAGCAACUCGAAAAGCAAAAUUCAGAUCACGGACAACAUACUUGAGCAGUCAAGAGCUUGCGAUUCCAGUUACCAGAUGUUGCUCGGACUCCAAAGAUCAGAGACAGAUGUCACUGAGGUAGAAGCAAUCAGAGCAAUAGCAAGUGGCCUUGAAACAUUUUUGGAAUUAUUCAAUCGACCGGGGACCAAUUUCAGACUUACAGAGAAAAUUUGCAAGGUAGCUUGGGAGUAUGAUUCUGUGUUUCGUGUUCUAGAAAAGGGGCGGCCAAGUGAACUGUUCAUUUACAAACGAGAAGUGUUCUUUCAAGGAUCAGCUACUCUUGAAAGUGAUGCUGAUCGUAUACUGGAACAAAGGGGGUUCUCGGGUUGGGAAAACACAUCAGUACUCAGAGAGAUACAAAGGUCAUAG